AUGGUCGACCCUCAGUGCACCCUGGUCGACCCACUGCACACCCUGGUCGACCCACCGCACACCUCUGGUCGACCCUCCGUGCACCCUGGUCGACCUCCAAACCUGGUCGACCCACUGACACCCUGGUCGACCCUCCGUGCACCCUGGUCGACCCAAUCAGACACCCUUCUGGUCGACCCACCGCACACUUGCGUCGACCUCCAGCACCUUCUGGUCGACCCACUGCACACCCUGGUCGACCUCCGUAACCCCUGGUCGACCCACCGCACACUGAAGACCUCUCCGUCGACCCACCGCACACCCUGGUCGACCCAUCGCACACCCUGGUCGACCCACCGCACACACCCUGGUCGACCCAUCACACACCCUGGUCGACCCACCGCACACCCUGGUCGACCUCCAGCACCCUGGUCGACCCACCACACACCCCUGGUCGACCCACUGCACACCCUGGUCGACCCACCGCACACCCUGGUCGACCUGCUCACACCCCUGGUCGACCCACCGCACACCCUGGUCGACCCACCGCACACCCUGGUCAGCCCACACCCUGGUCGACCCAUCACACCCUGGUCGACCCACCGCACACCCUGGUCGACCCACUGCACACCCUGGUCGACCCACCGCACACCCUGGUCGACCCACCACACCCUGGUCGACCCACCCCUGUCGACCUGCCUCACACCCUGGUCGACCUCCGUGCACCCUGGUCGACCCACAGCAACCCUGGUCACCCUCCGUGCACCCUGGUCGACCCUCCAGAACUCUGGUCGACCCGCCGCACACCCUGGUCGACCCAUCUGCACACCGACCUGCCUCACACCCUGGUCGACCUCCAGCAACCCUGGUCGACCCACCGCACACCCUGGUCGACCCACCGCACACCCUGGUCGACCUGCCUCACACCCUGGUCGACCUGCUCACACCCUGGUCGACCUGCCUCACACCCUGGUCGACCUGCCCUCACACCCUGGUCGACCCUCCGUGCACCCUGGUCGACCUGCCUCACCCUGGUCGACCUGCCUCACACCCUGGUCGACCCUCCGUGCACCCUGGUCGACCCACUGCACACCCCUGGUCGACCCACUGCACACCUCUGGUCGACCUGCCUCACACCCUGGUCGACCCUCCGUGCACCCUGGUCUAGACACGGUUUGA